ACGCACCACCUUUCGCGCGUGUCGCGCCGCGGGAGAAAACUAGUUUCUUGUUUUUCUGCAACUUUCUCUCAAAGUGCAUCGCGUCUCGGAGCAUUUUCUCAACUUGGCUCAGCUUGGGGCGUUACAGCACAUGCGACGGAGCAAGUUUCCGCUGCUCGCGAGAUCAAAAUACGUCACUUUUGCCCCCUCAGUGGCCGGCGCAGGGAUCCGUGCGGUGAGCUGCCUAUGAAAAUGGCCGCGUCCCGGAGUGCAGCGAGGAACGGGUGCCCUCGGAGGAGGUGAUCGCGGCGUGGGAGGAUUAUUUGACCCGAGUGGGGCUGAAGCGCUGGACCCUGGACGGCAUCAUGACGACACAGCAGGUGAACGCCACCGAGCUGCUGAGCCUGCUCGAGUCCUCGGAGCUGCAGGUAGCGGAGGACGUGCGCAGUCUGCUCGUCGAAAACCUCAACGUCGAGCGUGGUCCGUGGCUGAUGAACAGCCUGGUGGAUUACUACAUGAGCCACAAUUCGGACCAGGCCCUGCAGAUCCUCUGUUCUGUCCGUGAGCCGCAUGACAAGCAUCUCCUGGACAAAUUGAACGAGUGCAUGGCCCGGGCAGCCACUCGGCUUCCCAGUCUCAACUUGCUGGGUCAUGUCGUGCGGAGGCAGCCGUCCUGGAUCCACAAGAUCUACAGGGCUCCCGUGUUUGCGUCGCUGCUCAAGUGCCUAAAGACGGAUUCCAACGAGGUGGUGCUGACCACGGGGGUGCUGGUGCUCGCCACGCUGCUUCCCAUGAUUCCGCAAGCCGUCAAGCAGCACGUGCACGAGAUCUUCGACAUCUUCAGCCGCCUCGCCUCGUGGGGGCUCAAAAAUGCCGGCCACGUCCCGGAGGUGUGCGUGGUGCACCUGCAUGCCGGCGUGUACGCCCUGUUCCACCGCCUCUACGGCAUGUACCCAUGCAACUUCCUGUCGUACCUGCGUGCGCACUACAGCAUGCGGGAGAACAGCACCCUCUUCACGGAGGUCAUCCUGCCCAUGGUGGAACGCGUGCGGGUACAUCCAGAACUUGUCACGGGGACCAAGGAGUACGAGAUGGACACCAGCAAGUGGAAGAAGUAUGAAACUCAGGACGUGGUCAUCGAGUGCGCCAAAGUGUCGCUCGAUUCAAAGGAGGCGUCGAGUGAGGAGGGUUUCUGCCCCGUCCCUGAUCAGCUGCCUCUGCACUGCCUGUCCCAGGCGACACCCGACGUCUCCUUACAGUCGGGAGCGUCUCUCUCUGGCUCCAUUUCCACGACACCUACAUCGUCGCGGAUGUCUCAUUCCUCCACGCCCAUGAGGGUGCGCCGCCUCUCAAUGGAAGAAGGCGAUGUCAGGGGCCACCAGAAGGGGAUCCUGAGCUCCACGGCGGAGUGCAGCGAGGUGGGUUGGAGCCCCGCCAACGUGUGCGGGAUGAGCACGCCGCCGUCGUCCCGCGGCAUGUCGCCCGUGCACAACCAGAGCGACGUCGCGCACGGCAGCUCGUCGCAGCAUGCCAUUUCGGGGACCCCUUUAGCGACCCCAACCACGUCCCCUGGACCGACCCCCUCGGACGAGUACGUUCACAUCUCUCUCGACAGCACCGGCUCCUGCGCGGAUGCUCAACAAGAAAAGCCUAGGCCUGGCGUCAGUGAGACAGGCAGUGCAGGCAAGGUUACUGCCCCCUCCAUUGACAGAUCUCUGAACAACUCUGCGGCUGAGCGCCACGCUGCCAAGAGCAGUGCCGUUGAAGUGGGAAAGCAAGCGGAGAGCGAAGGAGGAGGGGAGAGUGCCGUGGGCAGCCCGGGCAAGGUGUCCCUGAAAGAGCUGCAGAUGGUCAUCGAGAACCUGGCCUCCUGCGCCCCUGCGGAGAAGGACGGUGAAGAUGUGGCGGUGAACAACGAGGUAUCGGAGAUCAACGAGAUGUGUCCAGCGCCGGCCGACCACCGGGGCGGCUUCGACUCGCCCUUCUUCAGCGCCGAUGCGGCGCCGCCCGGCACGCAAGCCGUGCCGGGCACCCACGGCGGGGAGGCGGCCGUGACGCAGGCGGUGCAGCAGACGUCUCGUAGCACGAGUAACAAGACACAGGACAGGUCAACCACCUCCUCUUUUGCGCUCACCCCAGCCUCGGCCUGUGGCCGAGCGGCGGCCGUGUCGGCAACAUGCUACCCGUACGAGCACCUGUUCGCGCUCGCCUUCCCGCGAGCGGCGGUGGGUGCGUUUGUCGACCACAAGUCGGCCGAGUUGCGCGGCUUGGACGGCUCCCACCACAGCGGCUCUCCCUGCGGAGUGGCGCCGUCGCCACUCGACGUCAUCGAUGUGCUCAUGCAGAGGGGUGGCGACGUUCACGCCAAGGAGCUCAGCCGGCUGUCUCUCCCCAGCCAAGCGGCAGACUGGACACACUUUGGAGGCUCCGUUCCCCCGGAGGAGAUGCACCUUCUGCACAGCCGCCUGCACCUGCUUCAUGCGCAGCUGCUCUACGAGAGGCACAAGCGCGAGCAGCACGCCCUGCGCAACCGUCGCCUGCUUCGCAAGGUCAUCACUGCCACCGCGCUGCAGGAGCAGAACGCCGCCAUGAGGGACCAGCUGCGCCUGCAGGACGAGGAGAUCUUAGUGCUGCGUCGCAGCCUGACAGAAGAGCAGCAGAGGAGCCAGCAGCAACGCAUGGAGAAGGAGCAGAACAUGGGCUUCUAUCAGGUGCAGCUGCGCUCCCUGCAGUCCGACCGUGACAGUCUGUCUGCCAGCAACCGUGAACUGCAGUGCAAGUUGGACGAGACUUACAGGGAUGUGGUUCGGCUUAAAGUGGAACUGCAAAAAGCCAACUGCAAGGUGUACGACACGAUCCACGAGCUCCAGCGUCUGCAGGAGAAGCUGGAGUCCAGCGAGACGCUGAGCCAGCAAGCGGACAUGCUCAACCGGCAGCUGCUGGUGCUCGGCGAGCUCAACGAACUUUACCGCGAGGAGCUGCACAACAUCAACCACUACGCGGACAAGGAGGGGGAGAUGUGCUUGCUGUCGCACCGCCGCGAGCUGGAGAAGGCGCGCCAGUGCAUGCGGCAGCAGGCGCAGCGUGUGGACGCGGCGAGUCGGCGCAUCAAUGACCUGGAGAACAGCAUCAUGGCUAAGGACAUCCUCCUCCUGGAGCAGAAACGCUUCCUCGAGAACGUCAAAAACCAGGGCAGGAGCCAGCAGCAGGCGAUGGAGAGCAAGUACAAAGCGCAGAAGAGGAUCAACCAGGCGCUGGAGAGCCACAUGCUGGAACUCUACAGCUGCCUGGAGGUGCUGGAAUCGCCUGCUGGUUUCACAGACCGCCCCCUCAGUUUGCUGUGCAGGAAGGAGAGGGCGCUCGGAGGCAACGUGGCAGACGCAGACUCGGCGACCCCGCUGCCCGUCGCCGCUGGACCCGAACGACCGGCCAGCCUGCUGCCCGGCGCGCCCAUCGAUGCCCGUGUGCCCCUCGUUAGCGCAGAUCCGCCGUCCGCUGGCCUGAUGGGGGUAGCCGCGAGCAACCCAUACCCUCCGUCCCGCAGCUUCCUGGGACAGCACGCGCGGGAGCUGCUACGCAGUCGAGGAGGUGGCGGCUGCGAUGACAACCGCGAGGACGACGCGAGCGCGGACGCUUCGUCGGCGGCCGGCGUGCCUCGUGAGCCGCCCAGUUCCAUGGCGGCGCCAGCGUCCGCAUCGCACGCUCGCGGGACCACCAGGAACCUUGGCGGGGGUGGGCAGCACCAGCAGCACGCCCUGAAUGUCAGGAUUCUUCAGCAGCGGGGAAUCAUGGACUACGACGAGAAAUAGCGAGCGGCGCCCCAUCAGACAUUCCCUGACUUGUCUCCCUCGUGGCAAAUUGAUGGAAUACAUUGGUGGGUUUUUUUUUUUACUGGUGCGCGCUGCUCGUUAAAAAGCGGCAUUGUCGAAUAAUGGUACGAACAAAUAAGGUGCUCUGUGCGCACUCCGUAACUGAUGACGAAACAACAACGACAAAAAACUCGGUAAAAUAUGCUUUGUAUUUUGGAAUAAUAUCCCAAUCUUGUCCCUUCUUUGAGGGCAAAUGAAGGUGGUGCCCCUCCCCCACCUCGUUUUUGUUGAAGUUGCCAACCAAGCUUCUAAUUUUAACCCGGCUGGUGCAUUUAAAGAGGCAUUCUGACUAAAUGUAGCUCCCGAGGUACUGCCACCACAGCUCGGAAAACGUGCAGGAUCUCGCAGUGCGCGCACACGCGCGCACUCGCAUAUGCCUGACUCGACGUAGCCUUUACGGUAGUCGCGCCCAACUUUGCAUGCACUCGCCAAUGGGGUGUAACCUUGUGUAGAAAUAAUUGCCAAAAAAAAACCCCCGACAAAAAGCAAAAAAAAAUACAAAACUGAAAAAAGUUUAGAAAAACAUUUAUGCUGCUGAUAUAAGGAGGAAAGUGCCAAAAUUGUGUUGGAAAGGUUACGUUACACGUGAAGGUGUAAUGACCUGGUGCAUUGUUCUGGUUGUGUGUGAUUUUCUGUUUUUUUUGUCAGGAUGGGGUUUUUUUUAUAACAUGACUGAACUCGGUGUCUGGAGAUAUUUAUUGCACAUGUGAAUUACGAUAACCCUGGAGGUUAAUGGAACAGACUGCAGUUUGUCGUUGACCUUGUGUUCUGAACACUAAGGCUCGCCUUGGGUGCGCAUUGUGUACAAGAGAUGCAGCUUUCUACAAAUGUUGGUCACUUUUCUCCUUAUGAUGAUGGGGGGGGCGGGGGGUUUGUUCACUUUGGGCUGGCGGUAUUUAAGAUGUGCGCUUAAUGUUUUUUUUAUUUUUGCGGGGGAGGUGGGGGGGGUCAUCUCUAAAGCGCUCGCUGUUUUUUUUUUGCAGUGUCGUUAAUAUUUUGCUGUUCUGCCGUAACGCGGGAGUGGUUACCGCGCAGCCGUUUGCCUGAUGUUGCUUUUUCCUCCCUGCACAUCACAUGGCGACCAAACUCUUGCAAGCAAAAAAAAAGCUAAAGGAAAAAAAAUGCCUCUCCACGUACUUUUAGUCGAUGACUGAGCCGAAAAGAUUUUGCACUUUAAACAUUUUUUUUCUCUCGUAGCGUCACAGGCUUAUGUCCAACACGACAGUUCUCAAGUACUUCCAUUCGUACGAGCCCUCUACUGGCUUUGGAGUGGCGUCCAGUUGUUUCGACGACAGUAUAUCACGAGAACGUGAAGCGUGCGUGGCUACAGCGCGGAAAAUUAGUGUAGCAGGCGUACUCACUCGGCCUUACGUGUCCUCUUCGACGAUAUGCAAGAGCCAGGUCUGAGGGUGUGUGCGAGGUAUUGUCGCUGUACUACCGACCAGUAACCCGGGGCCUGGAAGUGGUUAGUGCCUUGUUUUAGUAUAGCUCUUUGCGUGGCCGUUUUUAUGCCGUGACCGUGCACCAGUUGCUGGUGCCUCCGGCAGGACGGUCCGCCGCUCGUGGCCCGCGGCGAUGUCUGCGUGUGCGUGGAGGAGCGCGAAGGAGAGCAAAUGCUGCUGCCGUGCUUCGGCACGAUCUGCCUCGGCACAGCAAUUUCCACCGCUCACGCGUGACGUGAUGUACGUUUAUUAAAGAACCGUGAUGAAGUGAACGCCUCUCGUAUAGACGAAAAAAAGUGAGAUUGUGAAAAGGUGGCCAGGUGGAAUCGAGGUCGCUUGUUUAACUCCUGCGAUGAACUUCAAUUCCAGUGAUCUAGCGAGUGCAUGGUCCGGAGGUCACUUCUUGGAAGAGAUCUCAAGUAGUUAUGUGAUAUCCGCUUUUCGGAACUGUUCUUUAUUCUUACUCUUUCAGAUGAAUGGGCCUCUGUCUCAUAACUUACCGAUAGCGCAGUUGCGAUCAAAAUUGGAGCAGGGUAGAAAAAGAUUAACGUGAGUCUUAUUUUUCAAUGGUGGGUGGGGUGGUGAAAACAUACUGGGUGAAGUACUUUAACCAAGUUCUAACCCGAACCAUAGCCCGACCUCUGCCACUUUUACCGAGACCCCUUAUUCACCUUUGAAUUAGCUGUUUUUGCUUUGGUGUUUGAAGCGUCCAGGGAAAAUUGUUGUUCCGAGACAUUUUGUGUUGAUAAAGCAUAUCCAGGACCACUGCCUGACUCGGCUAUACGCGCAGACUUGGGAGCGAUAGCAAGCAACGGAAGUAGAGCAGCAGAGCUGGUGCGGAACAAUUGCAUAACAGGAGGUUCACAUUGCAAUAGUGCAGGUCUCUUAUUAAGUGUCGCUUAAUGUCUGCUCUUGCGUUUUGGCAGUUGAGCGUGUCCAGGGAUUGAAAAAUAACGGACGUGGUUUGCUACCGGACCUUGUGCAUGUGGACAGUUUGCGUUUUUGUGUUAAAUUCUUUGUUUCCUUUUUGCACGCCCAAUCCUUGUUGGUUUUUCAAAAACCUGAUCUGGCGGUGAUCAGUCUCCCCCCCCCCCCCCCCCCACACAGUAUGAAAGGAAGCAUUUCAAUAAACGAAAUACACGCCGUGCACUUUUACGUGUUUAUACGACUGAUCUGCUUGGAGAUGCUGAAAUAAAGAUUGAAUUGUCA